AUGGCGGGUCUGCAGGUGAGCAGGAAGAUCUUCACCAUCAACGAGGACCUGCUGUUCCUGCGGCCCUUCUCCGAGGUGGAGACCAUGAUCAGCCAGGCCUUCUGCAUGCGACGCUCCCUCCGUCUGCUAGUUGCCACCAAGGCCAAGGAGAUUGUGAAGAUCCCUGACAACCCAGACAGCCUCUCCUUCAGACUGCGAGGCUCCUCCCCUCCACAUGUGCUCGCUGUCAGGAAAGGCUGGGAAGCGGCGGGGGCGGGGCUUCAGCCUGGACAGGUCAUCCAGAAGGUCAACGGCAACAACAUGAACCACAGCGACUACCAAGGGGUCCUGGAGCACUUCAGCGCGCAGCACACUCACCAGGAGCCUCCCCAAGCGUGUCAGUGGGUGUAUCAUGCAUUUGAGGAUGUGGAAGAGCUCCAAGGAGAAGGAGGCACAGGUGAGAAGGAGGAGAGUCCUUUCAGUCCUUACCCAGUGGAGAACGGCUCCGACCACGAGGAUGAGAACGGCACAAAUGGAACAGACCACCAGCUGGGCAGACUUUCCCUCUCCGAUGACCUUCCUAUGGUCAGUUUGACGGUAGAUAACGUCCACCUGGAGCACGGCGUGGUCUACGAAUACGUCAGCACCGCAGGCAUCAAGUGCCACGUUCUGGAGAAAAUGGUGGAGCCCAAAGGCUGCUUUAGCCUCACUGCUAAGAUCCUGGAGGCGUUUUCCGGCGAUGACAGCCUCUUUGUUCGUAACUGCAGCCAGCUCAUCUCCCAGAGUGACCGAGUCGUUACCAUGCCUCAGUACGAGUUCAGGCAAAUCUGCGACACCAAGCUGGAGAGCAUCCGGCGGCGUAUAGGCAGCUAUAAGCAGUUUGCCCAGGAGCUGAGAAACAAGGCGUGGCCCUCCUUCAGGCAGGCGGGGUUGCGCCCUCACCCACUGGGCUGCAUGGACUUUGUUCCCACCAACUGCCAAGUCAACUUCAUGCAGGUGUCUAACCCCAAGAGCACUACCUCCGCUGGCAGGACUUUCAGCAUCCGCUUUGGGCGCAAGAACUCCAUAUAUGGCCUGGAUCCUGACCAAGCUCAACUCAACCCCAUGUCCCACAUCCAGCACUGUGUGACAAGCAUGGGCGCUCCUUCCUGGAACUGUUCCGGCCUGGAAGAGGACGAGUUGGAUGGCAGUGGGGAUGUGAGCGUGGAUGGAGGCGAGGGGUUGAAUGACAGUCGGCGGAGCAUUCACAGUGAAGGCGGGUUGAGCUUCCUGCUCAAACAGGAAGAUACAGAGACCCAGGAUGCAUACAUUCACCUAUACAGCCGCCUGGACGUCGCUGUGCGGGAGAUGAGGCAGUAUGUGGCCCAGAUAGAUGUCCUCUUGUCGUCUAUCACGGAGCCCACGCAACUCCAAGGGGAGGGUGGGGAGCCUCCGGUCUACGAGCCCAGUCAGCCCCCGUCUCUGGCCCCCUGUGAGGACGGCUGUGAUCAGGACAAAGUGGAGCAGGGCGGCAUCAAGAGGGUCUGCUUCAAGGUGAAUGAGGAGGACCAGGAGGACUCGGGUCAUGACACCAUGAGCUACAGGGACUCCUACAGUGAAUGCAACAGCAACAGAGACUCAGUCCUGUCCUACACCAGUGUGCGCAGUAACAGCUCCUACUUGGGGAGUGAUGAGAUGGGAUCAGGGGACGAGCUGCCAUGUGACAUGAGGAUUCCCUCGGACAAACAGGACAAGCUGCACGGCUGCCUCGAGCACCUUUUCAACCAGGUUGACUCCAUCAACAGCCUCCUCAAAGGACCCGUCAUGACCAAGGCCUGUGACGAGACCAAGCACUUUUACUCCGACCACAGCCAACCAGAGUUUAGACAAACCGAGGAUUGGACGGUGCGUUGUCGUUCCAUCAUCCACAAGAACAUCCAGGAGGACCCUUGGAACCUGCCUAGCUCUAUUAAAACCCUGGUGGAGAGCCUGCAGAGAUUUGUGGAUGAUGGGAAGAACCAGCUUCUCCUGGCUCUUCUGAAAUGCACAGAUACGUCUCUGCAGCUGCGACGAGACGUGAUCUUCUGCCAGGCGGCGACGGGCGCUCUGUGCACGCUGGCGGAGCAGCUGCUGGCGGCGCUGCGGUCGCGGUUUAACAACGCCGGCGAGUACCAGGAAGACGGAAAGGAGACCAGCCGCAAGUGGCUGGAGCAGAUAUCUGUCAUCGGCGUGCUGCUGCACUUCCAGUCCACACUAGCGCCGCACCUGGUGAGGACAGAUGUGCUGUUUUUAUUUAGCUAG